AUGGUGACGAUCGCACUGAGCAACAGCAGCAGCAGGUGGGAAAUGAAGCUGCAGCCAAGGACUAUGUUUAAAGGAAAUAAUGCUAGUUUUAUCUUUUUGGAAUUGGCUGGAUCGGCAAAAGCACCUCAAAUACUGUACGAUAAUGGAGGUAUACUGAUUACCUUGCCAAUCAACACUGACUUGGUGUUAGUGAUAAGCAACACAACAUCACCUAACAUUUCGCAAUUCGUGGAAGAAAAUUCAUUCAGCCUAACCUUCAACAACACAAAGGGUUUGAAGAAAGAAGAUGUUAUCUGUGCCUACUUGGUCAUUAAAAAUUGUACGGCUACAUGGUCAUCAGUUGGAUGUGUCGAGACUGUCAAUGAGACUUCCAUCAACUGCAACUGCAGCAAAUUCUCCACAAUCAUUGUGUUGCAGAAAAUUCAAUCCAUUCUGAAAAUUACUGAAAUCAUAAAGAAAAUUGAUGCAGACAAUACAACACAGGAAGAAUUGCAAACCACGUUGAUGGGGGCAGCAUCCGAUGCUGCCACCUUUGGAGAAUUAAGAUUCAAGCACGACACAAUAGAAGUUGUUCUACAAGCAGCAAAUAGAAAAAAUUUACCCAGUGAACCAGCAAAAUUAUCAACAGAAAAUGCAGCCAUUGAAAUGAAAUGGGAUGCGUUUAAAGGACCACAUCCUGAUCUUGUCUAUAUUUUCAUCAUCGCCGUCAGUGCCUCGACGUUCACAAAAGGUCAUGCCCUCACUACCGACACGUCUGAAGACAAGUCAAUGGUGGGAUCGGAUGUGGUGGAAAUUAGCAUCGGCAAAUCGGAGUCAGUGCAACUAUCUUCUCCCAUCACCUUGCGUAUGAAGCUCAACCAGAAUAAAACAGGGAUGACGGAUUCGUGUGUUUUCUGGAACAAGACGAAGUCUAGCUGGGCAACUUAUGGGUGCAGUUUGGUUAAAUCAGACCAGAAUUCCACAACCUGCGAGUGUAUGCAUCUGACCAGCUUCUCUGUGCUGCUUUCACGGACUCCAAUCCCGGCUGUCCAUGAGAGGAAUCUGGAAAUUAUCACCUAUGUUGGAAUAACUCUGUCACUGAUCUGCCUGUUUAUGUCGAUGGUUAUUUUCACCUACUGCCGUUCGAUCAGCAGUGUUCGGAUCACAAUCCACAAACAACUCUGCCUGACGAUGUUCCUGGCAGAACUCCUCUUUCUCAUCAAUUCUAUCAAAGUUACCAAUGAGAUGCUAUGCAUGAUUGUGGCCAUUUUGCUCCAUUACCUGUUCCUGGCGUGCUUUGCUUGGAUGCUGCUGGAGGGGGUGCAGCUUUACCUCAUGGUGGUGAAGGUCUUCCACUCACGGAGUCUUCGCAAAACCUACCUCUUCCUGGUCGGCUAUGGUGCGCCUCUCAUCAUCGUUAUCCCCGUGGCGAGCAUCAGCAUGGAUGCCUACGACAGAAAAAUAUGCUGGUUGAACAUCACAUCUGGAUACGUGUGGGCUUUUAUCGGGCCAAUCUGUGCCAUUAUUGGGUUGAAUAUCAUUUUCUUCAUCAUUACCAUCUGGAAACUGGCUGAUAAAUUCUCCUUGCUCAGCACUGAUGUGCCGCACUACAAGAAAGUCAGAUCAUUCACGUAUACUGCAGUGGGCCAGCUCGUGCUCUUGGGUGGCACCUGGAUCUUUGGCAUCUUUCAUUUCAACAACAAUACCAUCGCCAUGGCCUACAUCUUCACCGCGAUCAACAGUUUCCAAGGCCUUUUCAUCUUUGUCCUCCACUGCCUGGCCAACAAACAGAUUCGCACCGAGUUACGUAAACGACUUUGCAAUAGCACCGCCUCCUCCACCAGCGCCGUCGUCAAACAGACCCAACAUACUUCCCAGGUAACCGACAAUUUCAAAUCGACCUCGGCCACCAAUGUUUACAGCUGAAAUCCACGGCUACCUUUGGCUUGUAGUUCGAUGCGACCACCACGCUCUCUCUCUCCAUCUCCC